AUCAUCAGCCACCAACCACGAGAUCACAGGGAAGAGACGAAACAGGGGGAACUGAACAAAGAGGAUUUGCCAAAGCACCCGCCUCUCCCUCUGUCUCUUCCCAUCUUCCUCUGUGUAUUGGAUGUUGAGCCCUUGUGCUCAGUAACUCUUUUGUCCUCCAAACCUUCCCUUAUACUGCUACUUGCUGCUUGGCUGGAGACAGUACCCGCUAGCACCUACUUUAUAUCAACAAAGACAGUGUUUACUUCCUAAACACUAAAGAGUGAGAAGAACUGGAUUCAAGUGAAAAAUGACUGUACGUCAUUAACUGGAACUGCGACAAAGAUGACCUUGAUCAUUACUGUAGCUGCUGAUUCCUUGCAGUGCAUUUCUAGGAUGACUCUUGUCAAGAAGUCGGCUUGAGCCAGGAGUUUCUCAUUAAUACCUCCACAGUAAACGGCUUUUAUUGAGGAGCUGAAACUUGAGAGCUGUGAGUGGUAACCUAAGCUCCAGAGGGAUGACUCUCCGUAGGCCAGCUGCCCACCUAAGGAGGACUCCAGGCUGGAGGAGAUCAGGAGAUGAGUCCUACUGGGAGAGCUUGAUGUCAGAAGGGCCCGCUGUUUCUCAUCCACCACGUGCACCGCGGCCCCAGAGCGCCAUUGAAGGUGGCCAGCUGGACAGCUGGCUAGAGCACCUGCAGGCUAUGCAGAGCAAACUUAAAGCCCCAGCUCAUAAUCAGACUCGAGGGUUCAAUGACCGAACAACAUCCAUGCCUGUUCUGAACAAAGAGCCAACUGGACGUGCUUGGAGACACACAGGUUUUCCCUCUUUCAGCAGGGUCUCAUCUUCAUGUGAGAGUUCAAGCCUAUGUGACAGCUCUCUGGGCAGCCAGGAGUCCCUCCAGACUGGGUUUUUUUCACCUCCGGAGCGCAGAGGAAGUUGGGAGAGAGCCCAUAUCAUGCAGGCUCCAGAAAAGGAACAAGCCGAACUUAGUUAUCUUUCUCCAGUCAAAAUUGGAUGGCUGCCAAUCCAAAGAAGAGUGAUGAUGGUUGCAGACACUUGCAACCAAAACCAAUUUUUGGACCAUGCUCCCGGCCAUCUGAAACUGAAACAACCCAUCACUCCAACAUUUCAGAAGAAUCAAGCAACACCUAAGGCACAGAAUGCAGAGGUGGAGAGAAGUCACGCCACUGCCACUGCUCUGGGUGUGAAGACGUGGCAGACACCUGAUCAAGGCGCUCCUGUUAUUAAACAGGUGCCAGAAAAGCCUAGCUUUCCUGCUAAUGAAGGGGACAGACCUGUCGGCUGGCAAGCUCUGAGGAGGGGCUGGAAUACCAACAGGGUGUCAGCUUUCCCUGGAGGCAGUAAGACCAACGAGCUCCCCACAGGGACCAACUCAGACCCUAAUAGUAAAUCCCUUUUGAUGAAAACAGCCAGCACAGAGGCCCUCAGGCAUCCUCUGGUGAAUCGCACAACUUCUGCAACAGGCCCAGUAUGUGGGACAAGCAAUAGUCCGCAACCUUCAGACAUACAGACAAACUCUGCUGUGGGAAUCCUCAUCCCUCAAAACAAACCUGGCUUCUCCUCCAUCACCAUCUCCUCCAGAAAAGUGAGCAGAACAGCUAGUCUACCUGGCUCUGAUACCAGCAACCACUCUUCCCAGUCACGUGAGUCUCCUUCUCCACACAGCAGCUUGGACCACCAGCCCAUGGACCCAAACUCCAGGCAUUUAACAGUGCAACGGAAAGCCACUAUAGUCAAAGUAACAGAGAAAAGGGUGAUUUCAAGUCCUGUAUCAAACAGAAACACAGCACGGACACCACCGGGAACCAAUGGUCUGGACACAGUGGUCCACAGAAGGAAGGCCACCAUUAUCAAAGUGACAGAACACAGAGAAAGCUACAGUCCAGGCAGACUGAGGGCCAAACACCCAGAGUAUAGACACAGCUAUAGUGAGGGAACAUAUAUGGGCAACAACACAUGGAGUCAGGAAAAUCAUUCACAAAAUAAUGAAGAACCUUCUUAUCGUCAUCUGAAUUUUGUCCCAAACUCUGCAGCACCAAAUACAUAUACUUCAGAUCCAGAGAAAAAUGGCUCGCGGCAUAGAUCCACACUGAGUCUUUUCCUAAACAACCCUCCUGGUGUAGCAGCACCCACUUCCUCAGAGUUUUCUCCCAAGCCUGUUGGACAGCGAUUGGGGAGGCUGCACAGACCACUGAGCUGGUAUGGCAAUGUGAUUGGACACACUGAGACGAGCAAGGAGAAUUUGACACAACCAUCUGCCAGGAAAUGGAGCGUUGGACUUCCACAAGAGACCGAUAUCAACCCUUUGAACUCGGACAAUAGUUUCAUCAGUCCUGGAAAAGCAGUGAAAAGAUCAGGUCACCUUGUGGCAGACAUACUUAAGUCAAAGGCCGGUGAAAAAGAAAGAUUGCCACUACCAAGAAGCGCUAUGCAGACAGAGUCCUCCAGUCUGACUCUCAUCAAGGCCCCGGAUCCUCACUCCCAACAGUCUCCAGAGGAAGUGACUGCCCUCAAUGCGGCUGCGAUCAUAGCAAAUAUCAAACUCCAAAGACAACUUAGUAAGAAGAAAAAUCCAAGUGGCGAUUCUGAAACGGAUUCCACUGCAUCACCCCAGGGAAAUUCUGUGACAGAUGAGGGAGAACGUGCAAAGCAGCAUCCUAAUCACAGCCGACGCCUCAACCGGCCUCAUGCUGAAUUUGUUCCACUGAGUCUAGAUGCUGAACAGUCAUCUGAAGCUGUUUCUCUUCAGGACGCGUUGCAGAGGUCUAGACCAGACUUCAUUAGUCGUUCCCAAGGUAGAGUGCGAGAGCUGGAGCGAAAGGCACAGGAGAGAAGGAAACUGUCAAAUUCAGUAGGCCCACAGUUGGAGAAGGCACCCAGGCAGAGGAGAGCUCUCAGCACUGGGUCUACCUCUCUGAACGGUAACCUUUUCACACACAGAGACAGAGCAUUUUCUAGGAAAGAGAUGCAGCCCAGAUCCAAGCUGACACCUGCAGAGCUCAAGAGACAAAAAGAAGAAGAAAGGAGGGAGGUCAGUUUGAACAACAGAUUUCGAGCUGAGCUUUACAAAAAGAAACUGCUGGAUCAACUUCUUCAAAGGAGCAACAACUAAACAACUGACCACAUGGAUGAAGAUGUAGAGAAAGGCAUAAAAGACUGAGACAGUGAACUUUGCCCUUUGUCAGUUUAGUUUAUUAUUAUUCUAGAACCUGUCUUCUUAUGUGGAUUAAAAGCAUAUAUUCUCAUAAAAGUAAAAAAAGACAUUGAACCUUAAUGCAAAUUUAUUGCACUUCCUGAUCAAGCAAUAUGUAGUAAGCAAAAUCAGCAUAUCUCACUAUGUGACCUUAUCACAGAUAAAUCCAAUUACAUAUUUGUUCAUUCUUUUGCUCUUCUAUCCAAAUCUGGGAAGGAUGUCCUUCUGUGCUUGCUUAAAACACGUUAAACUGCUUGAAAAGCGAACAGUGAACACACUCGGACAGGGUCCUUAUGGAUUCUAGAAACAUCUUCAAAUCAGCAGUGCCUGCUGUUUAAAUGACCUUUAUAUGCUCUGUCACGUGGUUGUCCUAGCUACCCUUGUGGUAUGCAAUUUCGAAUAAAGGUUGUUGAAGGUCGAAAGUAUGAAAUCAUGUCUGGACAGUCUGUUGUGGUUUUAAUCAAACAUCAGCCUCGCCGAUAUGGUUUCGAUUAACUUGUGUUUAUGCAGUUUGUUGUCUUGUUUGCACUUGAUUGCAAGCUGCCUUUGUUUUGAGAAUACUCCAUGUAAUUGGAUGCAGAACAAGCGUCUCACUGUAGCAGUGGCGUCUUCUGACAGUCACUUUCACAUGAUACCAUGUGAUGUGAAGCAGCGAUGUAAGACAAAAUCAUCCAUUAUGCUUCACAGUCCAAUCCAGGACAGUCUUUAACCGUCGACUUCAUUUAACAUCUAAUGCUGAAAGAAGCGUGAAGUGGGCUCUGCCACCAUUCGAUGCCAGAUGGAGGAAUGUGACCUCUUUACAGUGGAAGCCCCCCCUGUUAAUGGACAGUUCAACUGAAUGGAGCCUUUGUCUCUGUCAUUGUGUCAUGAUGGACCAAGCCUCGCCGUUGCAGAUUCAUAUUUGUGUGUUUUGAUCCAGAAUGAAUAUGCAGUGAGCGAGGGGUGUUGCACAACAACGUGAUGAUUCUGGGUAAAGCAAUGUGUCAAUAUUUAUUUUUAGAACAACAGACAACAGAGCAGAAGAUCUUCUCAUUACUCUCAAUUGUCAUUUUUCCUCAUUUGUCUUUAGGUUUGUGCUCCUCCGUAGUCCAGUCGUUUCAUCCGUUGUAAUUUUCACUGGUGUGUAGGGAAAACAGAUGGUUGCUACUAUUUUUAUAAACCUAUUUUCAUGUCUGUGCAAUUGCAUGUGUGGGUGUAUUUGGACAGUGGGAGUGCGUUAAUAACACCAUUCAUGGUGCACAAUGAUAAUAAUUUGAGACUAGAAGGACACUUGUGUAGCAUGGAUGUUCUUUAAAGAAGAUAAUUGAUCGCAUGCAUGAGGCCUUAGUUAAAGAUUACCUUAUUUUACCCUUGCAACUGAGUGUGUGCAUAUAAAAAUAGGCGUUAUGAAAUUAUUCGCACAUCAACUGACUCUUAGUUGAUUCUACAUUUAUGUGCUUUAUAUCUGAACAACUUUUCUGUUUCAACUUUUGUAAAUGUGCUUUGGGAAGUGAAAUUCUUUUCCAUUUUGUUUCUCCCAAAAUCUUUUUCUCGUUGUUGCAUAGGUAAGAUGGAAGGACGUUCAUUAAUCAUCUGUUCUAGCACACCAACAGAGAGCCCUGCUCUGUGUAUCGCCUUCCUUGCAAGCACCCCUUGGUUCUUAAAAAGAGCAAACGAUCAGCUCUUCGGUUUGACUGAAAUAAGCAAGCAGAGUGCUCCUCAGUAUUCAUUUAUUUCCUUGUUUCAUCUUGGAGGCAGAGUUUUGAGAGGUUUCUGUGUGAGGGUGUAGGCUUUCACACUGCGUUAAGAUAACAAGUGGAUACGGCGCAGUGACUUUACCUUAAGCCUUAAUGCUGGAAGCAUGCUGGAGCCCUACCUGAAAUGCUAAACAACCUGAUGCGGCGCACUGCAGAGUGCACAUCGCGAAAAGCAUAAUUGAGCAGAGCGCUUUGGGUCUAUCAGAUGGCUUUCUGGUAUUUUAAAA